GUAACUAUGAUGGCAACAUUACUCUCCAAAAUGUCAAAUGAAAAAUCGCAUUCUAUUCUAUCUGUCACUCUGUAAAACAGAUGUUGAAUGUUGAUGUUUACUAUGCAAAAAUGGGUGGAGGGGGAUUGUGAAAAUAAAAUACUAUUUUUCUCCUUCACAUAACUAAAUAAUAAUGCGGUGGAGUGAAGCAGUGACGUUAGAAUUUGUUAAAAUAUAUUUGAAGCACGAAUGUCUUUGGAAUCCUUCACAUCCGGGCUACAAAUUAAGAUAUCAAAGAGAACAGGCCUAUUCAGAUAUAAGUGAGGAAUUCAAAGGUUCUACCAUGAAGUCCAUGAGUGUGCCCGAAGUAAAAAUGAAAAUUAAGAACCUAAGGACCACUUACGUACAACAAGUGCACAAAAUAUUGCAAAAAUCCAGUCCCGACUCUAUAUAUGAGCCGUCACUAGUCUGGUUUCAUGAAAUGGAUCGAUGUCUGAAACAUAUACCUAGUAAUCGACAUUCUAAUUCUUAUAACAAUUCUCAAGAACCUGCAGAUGUGGAUUCAGCUUGCCAAAUCUGGGUCGACCAAGAGUUGCAGAAUACAAAUAUGGACCAAGUUAACCCCGAUCCCCUGAUCCCACAGACAGAUGAUGAAUAUGACUCUGCAAAGUUAGAUGAACAACCAUCUAAAGUAAAAAUUGAGAGACGAUCAUCCCCUAUAUACUAUAAAAAGAUUAAAAAGAAAAAGCUAAAACACAGGGCUACAGCAAGAAAUUAUUCAGCGGAUGCCCUUCAGCAAUGUUCAAAAGAAGAUGAAUUUGAUAUCUAUGGUAAAUAUAUUGCUACCCAACUGAGGAAAAUGGAUCUCCACAAAGCUUUGAGAAUACAACUAGAGAUACAAAACCUUGUGAGUGAAGCGAGAAUUUCAGACAUUGUUUCCAGUGAUUUGAAUAGUUCUAUUAAAAUGCGGUGGAGUGAAAACGAAACAUAUCAAUUCGUUAAAAUAUAUCUAAGUCAUGAACUGUUAUGGAAUCCUGAGCACGCCGCCUACAGAAUCAAAGGUAAAAGGUUGAAGGCCUACAGAGAAGUAAUCGCUGAAUUAAACGAAAUAACGGGCAUACUAUUAAAUGUAACAGAAUUAAAAAUUAAGAUUAAGAAUCUCAGAUCAACGUACAUGCAGGAAAUUGCUAAAAUUAAACAUCGAUCCAGCCCAGAUUGGUCAUACAAACCGAACAUGAAGUGGUUUUCUGAAUGGCACAAACAUUUUGGUGGGUUAAAGAAAGCUCCUGAUGAUUCCUCCACGUUUGACAGUCAACAAGAUUCUCUAGAUGAUGCAAACCAAAAGAUAUGGCUGUCAACCACAGACAACAUGGAAGAAGAAACUCUGGAGCCAUUCCCUACAGAUAAUGAAUACACAUUAAUUUUAAAAACGGAACCCCGAGAAGUACCACAAAUCAAUGAAAGUAGAUACCAGAACAAAAAGAAAAAAAUGAACCACAGAAGACCUAGUACAGACUGUUCUGGAACAUUUGUGGAAAACAUAGACUCAAAUAUAGAGCCUUCUGCAAAAGAGGAUGAAUUUGAUAUCUAUGGAAAGUAUAUUGCAUCGCAGUUGAGGAAGAUGGAGUUACAGAAAGCGUUGAGUGUGCAACUUGAGAUCCAGAGUCUGGUUAGUGAAGCCAGGCUCUCAGGGUUGAAUGGAAAACAUUGAAAUUAAAUACUUGGCAUAAUUUUAAUAAGUACAAAACUUAUAGUUUAGAUCAGACUUAUGCUAUAUAUUUACUGUACCCUGUGGACAUAUGCAAUGCAGAUUGCCUUGAACCUAGUCAGCUCUGGAAGCAAUAAUAACUUUUUCAGUAAUACAUUUCAUAACUGUAAAACGGUUAAUUAUGUCAGCCUGGUAGCUAGACAAGAAUAUAACCAUGGUGUGAAUUCUAAUGAUUUAAUUAGAUUUUUUAAUAAGUAAUUUAGUUUUAAAACUAUUUAACUGCAUCAGCAGUUGUCAGAUCUGAUAUUAAUAACAACAUUUUCAGUUUAUUUUAUUGGAAUAUUGGAUUUUUUUAUCCAAGAA